CAAGUGUCUAAUCUCAGCUCGGUUCUGCGCUGCCCUCUUGAGUAACAUCUCCGAUUGUGAUGAGACGUUUAACUACUGGGAACCGAUGCACUACCUCGUCUAUGGGAAAGGGUUCCAGACAUGGGAAUACUCUCCAGUCUAUGCCAUUCGCUCCUAUGCUUAUCUGUGGCUUCAUGCCUUGCCAGCCUUAUUCCAUGCUCGAGUUCUACGGACAAAUAAGGUUCUCGUCUUUUAUUUCCUGCGAUGUCUCUUGGCCUUCUUGAGUUGCAUUUGUGAGCUUUACUUUUAUAAGGCCGUGUGUAAGAAAUUUGGGCUGCAUGUGAGCCGGCUGAUGUUGGCCUUCUUAGUUCUCAGCACUGGGAUGUUUUGCUCAGCUGCAGCCUUCCUCCCCAGCAGUUUCUGUAUGUACACCACAGUGGUUGCCAUGACGGGCUGGUAUAUGGAUAAGACCUCUAUAGCCGUGCUGGGCGUGGCAGCUGGAGCCAUCGUGGGUUGGCCUUUCAGUGCAGCUCUUGGGCUACCUAUUGCCAUUGACUUGCUGAUAAUAAAGCGGAGGUGGAAGAGCUUCCUGAACUGGUGUCUGGUGGCCCUGAUCCUGUUUCUGGUUCCCCUUGUGAUUGUUGACAGCUAUUACUAUGGGAAGCUGGUAAUCACUCCUCUCAACAUUGUUUUAUACAAUGUCUUCACACCUCACGGACCCGAUCUUUACGGUACUGAGCCCUGGUCCUUCUAUUUUAUUAAUGGUUUCCUGAACUUCAACGUGGCGUUUGCCUUGGCCCUGCUUGCCCUGCCGCUGACCUCCCUCAUGGAAUGUCUGCUACAGAAAUUUCACGUCCAGAAUCUGGGUCGCCCAUAUUGGCUUACGCUAGCUCCUAUGUACAUCUGGAUCCUGAUUUUCUUCAGUCAACCCCACAAAGAGGAGAGGUUUCUGUUUCCCAUAUAUCCUCUCAUCUGUCUCUGUGGAGCUGUGGCUCUCUCUGCCCUUCAGAAAUGUUACCACUUCGCAUUCCAGCGUUACCGUUUGGAGCACUACACAGUCUCCUCCAACUGGCUGGCUCUGGGGACGGUUUUUCUCUUUGGACUCUUGUCACUCUCGCGCUCUGUGGCUUUAUUCAAAGGCUACCAUGGGCCUCUGGACCUGUAUCCAGAAUUUCAUAGGAUUGCCACUGAUCCGACUAUUCACACAGUGCCAGAGGGGAGGCCAGUUAAUGUCUGUGUGGGGAAGGAGUGGUACCGAUUUCCGAGCAGCUUUCUCCUGCCAGAUAAUUGGCAGCUCCAGUUCAUCCCAUCAGAGUUCAGGGGCCAGUUACCAAAACCGUUUGCCAAGGGACCAAUGGCCACACGGAGCAUUCCUGCAGACAUGAAUGACCAAAACAGGGAAGAGCCAUCCAGAUAUAUUGACAUUUCCAAAUGCCAUUACCUGGUGGAUUUAGAUAGAGCGAUUGAAACAUCAAGGGAGCCGAGAUACUCCGCCAACAAAGAAGAAUGGAUCAGCAUUGCCUACAAACCAUUCCUGGAUACUUCCAGGUAA